AUGCCUUUCAGCAUUACCAAGUCCUCCACCAAGACGGUCGAUGAUGCCGCAUCGACCUACUCAGCCGCUUCCGCAUCAACCGUCUUGAAAGAAAAAGCAGAGGCCAAGCGCAAGUUCUUCUCGCGGAACAAGCCCAGCAUCGAAGAGAAGAACAAGGCCGCAGCUCUCCACAACGAAGCCCUCGCUACCUACUUCGCCUUGCGUUAG